AUGACCAUUCCAACCAAAGCAACAGUACUCGUAAUCGGAGGUGGCCCGGGAGGCACUUAUGCGGCGUCAGCACUGGCACGGGAAGGUGUCGACACGGUGCUGUUGGAGGCGGACGUGUUUCCAAGAUAUCAUAUCGGUGAAAGCCUCGUCGCCUCAAUUCGACCACUUCUAAAGUUCAUCGAUUUGGAUGACACGUUCGUGAACUAUGGGUUCGUGAGAAAGAACGGAGCUGCAUUCAAGUUGAACAACCAAAAGGAAGCUUACACCGACUUUAUUCUCGAGCCUGGCGCAGGAACCUACGCGUGGAACGUUGUCAGAUCGGAGUGCGAUGAGCUGAUGUUCAAACACGCCACAAAGUCCGGAGCGAAGACCUUUGACGGCGUCAAAGUCACCUCGAUCGAGUUCAUUCCCGAUGAAAAUAACGUCGAGUCUCCCGGUAGACCAGUGUCUGCUAGUUGGAAAGCCAAAGAUGGCCGGACAGGCAUGAUUGAUUUCCAAUACCUGGUUGAUGCAAGUGGUCGAGCUGGUAUCACCAGCACCAAGUAUUUGAAAAACCGGACCUUCAACAAUUACCUCAAGAACGUUGCUAGCUGGGGCUACUGGCGCGGUGCGACACCUUAUGGCGUGGGAACACCGGUAGAGGGCCAGCCGUACUUUGAGGCGCUUCAGGAUGGCAGCGGCUGGGUCUGGUUUAUCCCUCUGCACAAUGGAACGACUUCAAUCGGCGUGGUCAUGAACCAGGAGAUGGCAACAAAGAAGAAAAAGAUGUCAUCCGUGACCUCCAGUCGAGCUUUCUACUUAGAGUCAGUCGAAGGAGCGCGCGGAAUCUCUCGCCUUCUGGAACCUGCAACCCUUGACGGCGAUAUCAAGCAGGCCUCGGACUGGUCCUACAAUGCCUCUUCAUACGGCAGCUCCCACCUGCGUAUAGUCGGCGAUGCUGGCGCAUUCAUCGACCCGUAUUUCUCCUCGGGCGUCCACCUGGCUCUUUCUGGCGGACUGUCCGCCGCAACAUCUAUUUGCGCGUCUCUACGGGGCGAUUGUGCAGAGGAAGCUGCAUGGAAGUGGCAUUCUCAGGGCGUGGCUAAUCGAUACAGUCGCUUUUUGUUAGUGGUGCUUGGCGCGACGAAGCAGAUCCGGGCGAGAGAUAGGCCUGUCAUGAACAAGGAGGGUGAAAAUGGGUUCGACGAUGCGUUCACCGUGAUCAGACCUGUCAUUCAAGGAAUCGCCGAUGUCCCGGGUAGAACUACCCAGAGAGAGGUCCUUGACGCUGUCGCCUUCAGCACCCAAGUUGUAGAGCCUACCACCGAAGGCACAGAUCAGUCAUGGGUCGAGAAAGACCAUGGUGCUUUAUCUCGCGAUGAAGAGGAGGUUGGCAAGGUGAUGAACAACCUGGCUAGGGCGUACAAGUCACAGGAAGUGUAUGAGGGGCUCGCAGCAAGACUUGAGAAAGGAGCACUGGGGCUUCAAGUGGCUAACUAA